AGGAUAUCACUACAAACAUCAUGGCAUUUCUUGAAUCCAAAAUCCGAUCGGCCUUGGAUGAAAUGGCACCUCAAAUCAGAUCAGCCGUGAGGCAGGCUCUUGACUCUCGAGACCGUGCCCUUUUCCGGUCCACUGCCAGUCCCAUUGAUUACACACAAGUUGGCUACACACCGCCCACGCCGCUUACUGUGAGCAAUGACAUGCCACAGGGCUCGCUUAUACCCGACGAUCCAACCAUGAUGGAAUCCGCAAGCAGAGUCAGAAACACUGCGGUCGCGGUGACUGCCGAUGGAAUCAAAGCCGCGGAGUCUCUCGAGGAUUGGAAGAGACGGAAUCCUCAACAGGCACUCGAAAUCUUGGGCAAGAACAACACCAAACUUCGACAGCCUGAGGUUCGCAUGAUCAUCUGGCCGGCUAAGGACAGACACACCGACUCUCAACUGAGAGCAAUCUGGAAAUAUUACUACAAACGCUGUUGGCGCUUUGUUCCAUAUGCCUUCAAAUCUGACCUCGAUCCAUAUGCAGAGUUCAGAUGGGUCACUUCUCCUACGUCUUUUCGGCGUCGCGCUCGUGACGCAUCCCUACCUAUUGCACAGCAACCAGCCACAACAACUUCUGUCGUCGGCACUGUCAAGCGAAUGGCAUCGACACUAGAUAACCGUGGAUCGGGGCCUGCUAUAGCAAGGCCAAUGAAAGCGGAGCCACCCNCCAACGCUCCCCGUGGACCCAGAAACAGCACUCCUUCUCGAGCAGCUCGUUUCUCUCACCUACACUCAGACACUCCAAAGGAACCGUCUCGAAAUCUAAGAANNCCCCCUGUGCAAUCUGAAGGAGCUCCUCUAGGUCCGCCAUCUCGACCAACAUCGAUGCAGCCACCAAGAUUUACACACUCCCGCACCUCGAGCACCACUCCCGCGUUCGAAUCGAGUUCAUGGCACGUUCCCGACCUGGUUCAUCCAUUACGAAGACCUCUCAUCGACAACACUGGCCCUCUCAAUGCUGCAGCUCGUAAUCAGUCGUUCACUCAGACUCUCGAUCGUUCAGGACGCACACACUUUUCUCAUGAGUCAACGCGAAACAGCGAAACUCCUCCACAACAUGAAGCUGGACAGGUCAGAAUGCCGUACUCGCCAACUCCUGGCCCAUCUUCACGUAGCGCUCGUCCAUACGCCAAGUCUACCGCCAAUUUCAGAUCUCCCACCAGAGGGAGUACCAAGACUCCAGGACCACCCGAAGGCAACAAGGGAAUAGGCUCGGCUGAACUUGGUACGCCACGCUUGCAUUCCACUUACAGAAACUUGCCUUCGACGGUCACACAACUUUCGACAACAGCAGGGAAGCAGCCGGUGGGAUCUGUAUCAUGCUCUGAUCCUGCUCCUUCGCCCGAGGCUGCGUCGCAAGCUCUGGCUACAAACAAAAAGCAAGCAUGCGAGGCAUGCAAUAGGACACACACUGGCCAAUGUUACCAUGUUUGCGGCGAUUGCGGCAAGAGACGUCGAGACACGUGCCAUCGCUGCAAUGUCUGCUCCAAGUGGCAUGUCGGUGGUGGUUGUCGUUACUGCGAGAAGUGCGACUCGAUGCAUUAUGGAGAAUGUCGUAAAUGUUCAAAAUGCAACGCAUGGCAUGCCGGCCGGUGUACUAUCUGCAAAAUGUGUGAGAAGAGACACAGAUAUGGGUUCCUUGCACCCUCAUCGNAACCACCACCAAGCCCACAGCUGUUCACCAACGAUGCUGAAGAACAAGUCAGUUCUUCCACCACGGAGUCACUCCAGCCUAGGAAGAAGUCGACUCCGUUACCAGAAGUUGUGGCGAAACAAGUCAAAACACCCAAGAGAGCCAGAGCAAGAGUUGCAACGACACCAGUUACGCCAGACACAGCAACCAGCACGAGAUCAGCUACGAUGCCCAACAACGAAAAUGAAAUUUGCAAGCAUCGGACCAAGAAUGUGAGAAAUGCACAUGUGGAUGCGGCAGUUGUCACCGUC